AUGGAGAAAGGAGAAGGAAAGGAUCAAGUCCCGACAGUGAGAGCGAUGCUCACCGAGCGGCUCACGGCGGCGGAGGAGGAGAUCCUCGCGGGGCUUGAGGAAACCUUUGCAGAGUACAACGACAGAGAGGAGCGGUCCCAGCAGGUGAUCAGCCGCCAGAGGAGGCUGCUCGAUGACGUGAUGAAGGACAUAGAUCAGCUGCAAAGAGCAGACAGUGAGGAUUGGAUCGAGAACAGGGAACCUCAGACUGGUUUAAAUGCAAGAAAUAACAAACAGCCUCUAAGUGAUAUUGGAUGUAAGACAGAACAAAAAUUGUUUAGUUGCUCUGAGUGUGGUAAAAUAUUUAACCAAAGGGGCCAUCUAAAUAGACAUAUGAGGAUUCAUACAGGGGAGAAGCCGUUUAGUUGCUCUGAGUGUGGUAAAAUAUUUAACCAUAGGGGCAGUCUAAAUACACAUAUGAGGAUUCAUACAGGAGAGAAACCGUUUAGUUGCCCUGAGUGUGGUAAAGGAUUUCGCGAUAGGAGCAAUCUAAAUACACAUAUGAGGAUUCAUACAGGGGAGAAGCCGUUUAGUUGCUCUGAGUGUGGUAAAAUAUUUAACCAAAGGAGCAGUCUAAAUACACAUAUGAGGAUUCAUACAGGGGAGAAGCCGUUUAGUUGCUCUGAGUGUGGUAAAAUAUUUAACCAAAGGGGCCAUCUAAAUAGACAUAUGAGGAUUCAUACAGGGGAGAAGCCGUUUAGUUGCUCUGAGUGUGGUAAAAUAUUUAACCAUAGGGGCAGUCUAAAUACACAUAUGAGGAUUCAUACAGGAGAGAAACCGUUUAGUUGCCCUGAGUGUGGUAAAGGAUUUCGUGAUAGGAGCAAUCUAAAUACACAUAUGAGGAUUCAUACAGGGGAGAAGCCGUUUAGUUGCUCUGAGUGUGGUAAAAUAUUUAACCAAAGGAGCAGUCUAAAUACACAUAUGAGGAUUCAUACAGGGGAGAAGCCGUUUAGUUGCUCUGAGUGUGGUAAAAUAUUUAACCAAAGGGGCAGUCUAAAUACACAUAUGAGGAUUCAUACAGGAGAGAAACCGUUUAGUUGCCCUGAGUGUGGUAAAGGAUUUCGUGAUAGGAGCAAUCUAAAUACACAUAUGAGGAUUCAUACAGGGGAGAAGCCGUUUAGUUGCUCUGAGUGUGGUAAAAUAUUUAACCAAAGGAGCAGUCUAAAUACACAUAUGAGGAUUCAUACAGGGGAGAAGCCGUUUAGUUGCUCUGAGUGUGGUAAAAUAUUUAACCAAAGGGGCAGUCUAAAUACACAUAUGAGGAUUCAUACAGGAGAGAAGCUGUUUAGUUGCUCUGAGUGUGGUAAAGGAUUUCGCAUUAGGUGCAGUCUAAAGAAACAUAUGAGGAUUCAUACAUGA